AUGUCAUGGCAUUCUUUUGCCAACCCUAAUAUAAAAGAGAGAGAUGAUGGUUUGGGUUCAGGUCAAUUACAUCGUCAUGGAAGAAAUUAUAUUCCUGUUGAUGAAGAAACUUUAUUCGAAAUUCAGAAUAAAAAAAACGUUGGUAAAAAAAAAAAAUCCCUACCUCUUCCACCAUCGCCUCCUCAACCUAGAUCUUAUAGAGAUCCUAUCCCUCCUUCUAAAACCAAGCCUUCUUACAGAUCUUCACCUUCCACUUCUCAUAGGCCACCACCACCAACGUCAACACCAACGUCAGCAUUAAAUUAUUAUAAUCAGAAACAAAUUUCAAACAAAAAUGGUUAUAUGGCCCCAUUAUGGCCAUCCAUAAAUGAGCAUUUUGCACAAUAUGCAUUCAACAUAAAAGAAAAAAUCAGAAAGACUAUAGAUCACAAAGAAGAAGCAGAAAAAUUAGAACUUUCCAAACUUGCAACGGAAAUUUGGAUGGUGAUAUGCAUAUUAAUACUAUAG